CCGAAAAUUUUCAAUUUCAAUUUCUAGCCAUCAGGCAGCGCCACUCCAAUAGUGCGAACAAACUGCUUCGUGCGCUCUCUCUUUCAAAUUGGCGCUGGACGCGAUGAUUCAGAGGAUCAUGUGACGCCGUAACGCAUGAUUCUCACGACGAAGAACAAAGACCCAGACAUCUUGCUUCACACUAUCAACACCUCUCUUCUAUCAUGGCUUCUUCUUCGCCUCGGAACCGAAUCAAUCAGUUUUAUGCUUCCAAGAAAAGGAAAGCAGUUUCACCUGUUCCUAAAGUUGGGAGAUUUGAAAAAGGUGCAAGGCAUGGGGUUGAUGGGUCUCCAAGUGCUAAAGGCACUUUGGAUAGUUACUUGGUUGGGUCCCCGGAUGACUGCAAUGAUGUUGGGCGACUGAAUGCGGCUGCUUCCGGUUCAGUUAAGAGAAAUUUGGCAUCAGAGAUUACCAGUUCUCUUGACUAUGGACUUGAUAAGCAGCCUAUUCCAUCAGCUCACGGGCAUCAGAACCCUCAAGCUACUAAGCCAGGUGUCGUUAAUGAAGUGCCUAAGGCGAGUUGUGAUUCGCUUGAAGACGCUAUCCCGGGAAACAGCUUCAGUGGUUUUGAACAUGGUGCCAAAAACUCAGAGCUUAAACAGUUUGUAGCAGACUGUGUGUCGAUCUAUUGCGGUGAAUUACGCCCAAGAAUAAGUUCACCAUCAGAGAUGAAAGUGGAUGGCCACAAGAGAGAUGAUUCACUGAUGUCAGUAGAGGAAAUUAGUAAUACUAUGGGAGAUGGUUCACAACAGAAGUGUAAUGACUCUAGUGAGCCACAUGUUGGUGGUGAAAACAUUUCCAAUGACAAGAUGCCUGAUGAAGUCAUGGCAGGUGUUGUUGGUAAUACUACAGGAGAUGUUUCUGCCUGUUCUGCGAAGGAUUCUGGUGAUGGUGAUGCUAUUGCCCUUGACAUGAGCCUGAGAAAAUGUAGUUAUACUAAUACACCAAAAGCAUCUAAGAGUAUGGCUGAAUGCUAUACACCAGGAUCUUUGAUUGUUAAAGCAUGUAUUAAGGACACUCCAAAGUCAACUCGCGGAAGCUCAAUGUUUUCACCUGGAGAGGCUUUCUGGAAUGAAGCAAUUCAACUUGCUGAUGGUUUGUGUGUCCCCGUGGUUAAUGAUUCUUCUAAAGUUAUAGAAGAAAGUAAUGUGGCAGAAGACCAAGCUGAGGUGAAAAACUCCUGCAACUUACAAAAUUAUGAUGGCAAGCAAAGGAAAGUGCUGGAUCAAAGUAAAAGCAGGAUUUGGGAUAGGGAAAUGAGCACUCCUUUAGGGUUGGCUAGGAUGCACACACAAGAAUCUAUUAAAGAAGCGUCCGGCCUUCCUGUUAAGCAUUUUGAUUUUUCGUUUGAGGACAAGAAUUUGGAUGAAAAUACCCGGCAGAAUUGUUGUGUUGAUGACCUGGUCAAUGUUGCUUGUGGAGCUGGCAGACAGUAUGAAUCUGGUUCUAUCACAGGGCAUGCAUAUGAAAAGAUGAAUGAAGUGCAAGAAAAGGCUUCAGUAGAUGCAUUAGGCAAGAGACUGUGUCAGGAUAAUGCUAGUAUGACGUCUAAUUCACCCCCUAAUCAGGUCAUGACAGCAAUCGGUAGACAUGCAUCUGAUGAAGCUAGUACUCCUUCAAGUAGCGUGAAACUAAAUGAUCAUUUAGACCUAAGUAGCUGGCUUCCACCUGAAAUAUGCAGCAUAUAUAGAAAGAAAGGAAUUUCAAAGCUUUAUAGUUGGCAGGUUGACUGCCUGCGGGUGAAUGGUGUCCUACAGAGAAGAAAUCUUGUAUAUUGUGCUUCUACAAGUGCAGGUAAGAGUUUUGUUGCUGAGAUUUUAAUGCUGCGGAGAGUGAUAACAACUGGAAAAAUGGCAGUGCUUGUUCUUCCAUAUGUAUCAAUUUGUGCUGAAAAGGCAGAACACCUUGAACAGCUUCUUGAGCCACUUGGUAAACAUGUUCGUAGUUAUUAUGGAAAUCAAGGUGGCGGGACACUUCCUAAAGAUACUUCUGUAGCUGUCUGCACUAUAGAGAAGGCCAACUCAUUAAUUAAUAGAUUACUGGAAGAGGGCCGCCUUUCGGAAAUGGGAAUUAUUGUGAUAGAUGAACUGCAUAUGGUUGGUGAUCAGAGUAGAGGUUAUCUUCUCGAACUUAUGUUGACAAAGCUUCGUUAUGCAGCAGGGGAAGGUAGUACAAAAUCGAGUGAUGGAGAGAGUUCAGGUGGAAGCAGCGAAAAGGCUGAUCCUAUUCAAGGUCUGCAAAUAGUUGGAAUGAGUGCAACAAUGCCAAACGUUGCAGCAGUUGCUGAUUGGCUUCAAGCAGCACUGUACCAGACAGAGUUCCGGCCAGUUCCUUUAGAAGAAUAUUUUAAAGUUGGUAAUUCAAUAUAUAACAAGAGUAUGGAACUUUCUAGAACAAUCUCAAAAGGAGCUGACCUUGGUGGUAAAGAUCCAGAUCACGUUGUUGAACUAUGUAAUGAGGUAGUUCAAGAGGGACAAUCAGUUUUAAUUUUUUGCUCCAGCCGAAAGGGUUGUGAAUCAACUGCAAAGCAUGUUGCGAAGUUCCUUAAGAGGUUUACUUCUGAUAUUAAUGAGAAAGAUUGUGAGUUUGCUGAUAUUACUUCUGCUAUUAACUCCUUGAGAAAGUGCCCUGCCGGGUUGGACCCCAUAUUAGAGGAAACGCUUCCAGCUGGUGUUGCAUUUCACCAUGCUGGACUUACGGUUGAGGAAAGAGAGAUUGUUGAAACCUGUUACCGAAAAGGGCUUUUACGUGUUUUAACUGCCACUUCGACCCUAGCAGCUGGGGUUAAUCUACCCGCUAGGAGGGUAAUUUUCCGCCAACCGAGAAUCGGUUGUGAAUUUUUAGAUGGAACAAGGUACAAGCAGAUGGCUGGGCGUGCAGGUCGAACUGGAAUUGAUACAAAAGGAGAAAGUAUACUCAUCUGCAAAGCUGAAGAGACAAAAAAAGUUAUGGGACUUCUUAAUGAAAGCUGUCCCCCGUUGCAUUCCUGUUUAUCUGAAGAUAUGAAUGGAAUGACUCAUGCAAUCUUAGAAGUGGUGGCUGGAGGAAUUGUUCAAACUGCUAGUGAUAUUCACCGGUAUGUUAGAUGUACUCUUUUGAACUCCACAAAACCAUUUCUUGACGUGGUGAAGUCUGCACAAGAGUCCCUUCGAUGGUUGUGCCAAAGAAAAUUUCUUGAAUGGAAUGAAGAGACGAAACUGUACAGUACCACACCUCUUGGACGUGCAGCUUUUGGCAGUUCUCUCUGUCCAGAAGAAUCACUUAUUGUUUUAGCCGAUCUUUCGAGGGCAAGGGAAGGAUUUGUGCUCGCAUCAGAUUUGCAUUUAGUUUACUUGGUGACACCAAUCAAUGUUGAUGUUGAGCCAGAUUGGGAAUUGUACUAUGAGCGUUUUGUGAAAUUGUCUCCUAUUGAUCAGUCAGUUGGUAAUCGAGUGGGUGUGACCGAACCAUUCCUGAUGCGUAUGGCACAUGGUGCACCGUUACGUUCUUCAAACAAGUCCAGAAAUAAUACAAGAUGGUUGAACAAUAAACGACAAAAUCAACUUGGGAUUUCCAAUGGAUCAAACAACUCCGAUGAUCAAACACUUCGUGUUUGUAGAAGAUUCUAUGUUGCUCUCAUUUUGUCACUUCUAGUUCAGGAAACCUCUGUGGGUGAGGUUUGCGAAGCAUUUAAAGUUGCCAGAGGAAUGGUUCAAGCCUUGCAAGAGAAUGCUGGUAGGUUUGCAUCUAUGGUUUCUGUGUUCUGUGAGAGGCUUGGGUGGCAUGAUCUUGAAGGCUUAGUUGCUAAGUUUCAAAAUCGUGUAUCAUUUGGAGUUAGGGCAGAGAUUGUAGAGCUUACCACCAUUCCCUAUGUUAAAGGCUCUCGAGCCAGAGCACUCUACAAAGCAGGCCUACGUACGCCUCUUGCAAUUGCUGAAGCAUCCAUUCCUGAAAUAGUAAAAGCACUUUUUGAAUCUUCAUCAUGGGCCACCGAAGGUUCUGCACGGAGGAGCGUACAAUUUGGUGCUGCAAAGAAGAUAAAGAAUGGUGCUCGCAAGAUAGUUCUUGAUAAAGCUGAAGAGGCAAGGGUUGCUGCUUUUGAAGCCUUUAAGUCUCUUGGAUAUAAUGUCCCACAGUUUGCUCCCCCAAUAUUGUCCACUGCUGCAUGCGAUUCUAUCAGGCUAGAACCUGAAAGUACCUCUGGAAGGGACACAGCCGAUACUAGUCUUAGCUUUGUUGAUGCAAACCACGUUGAUAAAUCUUAUAAGUUUGCUUUCAAAAAAGAAAAAGAAGAUUUGAUUAAAUCUUCUGAAAAUGAUGCUCUUGCUUCUGUUGAAGGAAAAUCAAGCAGGGUGAUGCCAUGUAGCUUGUCUACUGUUCCAGUCGUAGGACCUACAAAGAAUGAGCUCAAUGCGACUUUGGACCCUUCCAAAGAUCCCGAUGUGACAAUCCUUUCUGUUGAAUUACAGAAAACAAAUGAUAAAUCCAGUAAAGAUGAUGGAUGCCAUACUUGUGGUACAGAGGAGAAACAUCAGAGUAGAAUUUUCGCUGAGGCUAAUGUCGAUAGUUCCAGCCAGAAAGGCCCCAUUAAUGCAGUUAGUAGUCCUGGAGGGCUUGAUUCAUUUUUGGAUCUGUGGGACACUAAGCCAGAGUUCUACUUUGAUAUCCAUUACAUUAAACGAUUGGAAUUGCACACUAGUGCCCCUUUUGAAGUAAAUGGCAUAGCAGUCUGUUGGGAAAACUCCCCUGUGUACUACCUUAAUCUUCCCAGGGAUAUUCUGUUGUCUGCCAAUGGAAAAGAUGACUGUGUUUCCUUGACUGCAUGCAGUUUUAGGCAGAAGCUUUCAUCUUCUAAUUCUAAGCAAGAUUUGGCUCAUGCUAUGUCUAGAUGGAGCAGGAUUAGUAAAAUAAUAGGGAAAAGUAAUGUCAGAAAGUUCACCUGGAAUUUGAAGAUUCAGAUUCAGGUGCUGAAAAAGCCUGCAGUUUCAGUUCAGAGAUUUGGUUGCUUGAACACUCUUGGAAAAGUAAUGGACCUUGAAGUUGUAGAUAAUUCUUACAUAUUAUUGCCCCCGAUCUUUGUUAAAGAUGCAAUUGACAUGUGCAUUGUGGCUUGGAUUCUGUGGCCAGAUGAAGAGAGGAGUUCUAAUCCAAACUUGGAUAAGGAGGUAAAGAGACGGUUAUCCUCUGAAGAUGCUGCAGCAGCUAAUCAGUGUGGCAGGUGGAGGAAUCAGAUGCGGAGAGCUGCUCAUAAUGGUUGUUGUCGUCGGGUUGCUCAAACACGGUCGUUAUGUUCUGUUCUUUGGAAAUUACUUGUUUCUGAGGAACUUCUUGAAGUGCUUAUGGGAAUAGAAAUCCCAUUGGUGAAUGUCCUUGCUGACAUGGAGCUUUGGGGAAUUGGUGUUGAUUUGGAGAGAUGCAUUCAGGCUCGUAAGUUGUUGGUAAAAAGGCUGAAGCAUCUUGAGAAGGAAGCUUAUAAACUGGCUGGGAUGACAUUUUCAUUACAUACGCCAGCGGAUAUUGCUAAGGUGCUCUUUGAUCACUUGAAGUUGCCCAUACCUGAUGGGCGAAAUAAGGGAAAACAUCAUCCAAGUACGGACAAGCACUGUUUGGAUGCACUAAGGCAUGAACAUCCCAUUGUUCCAAUCAUCAAAGAGCAUCGAACAAUGGCAAAGCUCUUGAACUCUACCCUAGGAUCAAUUUGUUCUCUGGCUAGACUUUCUGUAAAUACACAAAAAUACACAUUACAUGGUCAUUGGCUCCAGACAUCCACCGCAACUGGUCGGCUUUCAAUGGAGGAACCUAAUCUUCAGUGUGUUGAGCAUACAGUGGAAUUCAAAAUGAAAGCGAAUGAAAAUGGAGGUGAUGUUCUUGAGAAUCAUUGCAGAAUUAAUGCCCGUGACUUCUUUGUCCCUACUCAGGACAACCGGUUACUGUUAACAGCAGAUUAUUCUCAGAUAGAAUUGAGGUUGAUGGCACACUUCUCUAAAGACUCCUCGCUUGUUGAACUUCUCAGUAAGCCUGAUGGAGAUGUCUUCAAAAUGAUAGCAGCAAGAUGGAUUGGGUGUCCUGAGGUUUCUGUGAAUUCUCAACAGAGAGACCAAACAAAAAGGAUGGUGUAUGGCAUUCUUUAUGGUAUGGGUGCCAAUAGCCUUGCUGAACAACUGGAUUGCACCUCGGAUGAAGCUGCUGAAAAGAUUGCGAACUUCAAAAGCUCUUUUCCUGGUGUUGCUUCCUGGCUUCAUGAAGCUGUUGCAUUUUGUCGUAGUAAAGGAUACGUGAAGACUCUUAAGGGAAGAAAACGAUUUUUGUCAAAAAUAAAAUUGGGCAGCGGUUCGGAAAAAUCAAAAGCUCAGAGGCAAGCUGUGAAUUCCAUAUGUCAGGGAUCUGCUGCAGACAUAAUUAAGAUUGCAAUGGUAAAAAUUUACUCUGCAAUUGUCCCUGAAGCUGAAAGCCCGGGUUCCAGUUCUACGGUUUCAGCUAAGUUCCACAUGCUUAGAGAUCGUUGCCGGAUUUUAUUACAGGUACACGAUGAACUAGUGCUGGAAGUUGAUCCUUCUGUUAUAACAGAAGCUACCCUACUGUUACAGACAAGCAUGGAGAAUGCAGUCUCACUUCUUGUUCCUCUGCAUGUGAAACUUAAGGUUGGAAGAACAUGGGGAUCUUUGGAGCCGUUUGCACCUGAUAAAUAUAAGAAUGACACUGAAUCCUGAAGCCCAAAAAUUUCUUUUUGUUCAUGGCAGAGUCCUCGUUGAGUAAAAGCAAAAUGAGUUUCACUGCCUAGCAAGUGGCUACACUGAUAUCAUCUAAAAUUCAUUACGACCAUUUUUUAUGUACAGGAUAUUGAAAUAAAAGUUUGGUGAUUUGUAUAUAUUCAUUUCGAUUAUGGAGAUGUAAGGCCGAAAACGACGUACAUGAUUAACUCUCCCCAUAAACCGGUUCAAUCAAAUUGUAAUGUAAACUUAAAUAAGGUUACAUUUGUUAAUUAGUUUGUUUGAAAUUAUUAUUUCA